AGGGGGGUGAUCACCAGCGCAGGAGGAGCUGUAAGGGUACAGACUCUCCCAGGACAAGAAAACUACCCUGCUGUAAAUGCCAAUGGGAUCCAGUCUCAGGUGCUCACUAGAUGGGCUUCGUCUUUCUCAGUGACUCGUACCAAGAACACAGCGCUUGAAGCAGUUGGACAAUCGGUAUCAACAGCACGUCCUUCUACAGGUAAAAGACCUAAGAAGCCACUUGACAAAAAGUCUGGAAACAAAGACUGUAAAGCUGAUAUUGCGUUUCUCAUUGAUGGAAGUUACAACAUCGGCCAACGUAGAUUUAAUUUGCAGAAAAACUUUGUUGGAAAAGUAGCUGUGAUGUUGGGAAUUGGAACAGAAGGGCCUCAUGUUGGAGUUGUACAAGCCAGUGAACAUCCAAAAAUUGAAUUCUAUCUGAAAAACUUCACUGCUGCAAAAGAAGUUUUGUUUGCCAUAAAGGAACUAGGGUUCAGAGGAGGCAAUUCUAAUACAGGGAAAGCUUUGAAGCACACAGCUCAGAAAUUCUUCUCUUUGGAAAAUGGAGCACGCAGAGGCAUUCCCAAGAUCAUUGUAGUGUUCCUAGAUGGCUGGCCCUCAGAUGAUAUAGAAGAAGCUGGCAUAGUGGCCAGAGAAUUUGGAGUCAACGUAUUCAUUGUAUCUGUAGCAAAACCCGCAACAGAGGAGCUGGGAAUGGUACAAGACAUCGCUUUUAUUGACAAAGCUGUCUGUCGAAAUAAUGGCUUCUUCUCUUACCAAAUGCCCACCUGGUUUGGUACUACCAAAUAUGUGAAACCUCUCGUCCAAAAGUUGUGUUCACAUGAGCAGAUGUUAUGCAGCAAGACAUGCUACAACUCCGUCAACAUCGGUUUCUUGAUAGAUGGUUCCAGCAGCAUUGGAGACAGCAACUUCCGCCUUGUGCUUGAAUUCAUCAGCAACGUUGCAAAGGCUUUUGAGAUCUCUGACAUUGGUUCCAAGAUUGCAGCUGUGCAGUUCACCUAUGAUCAGCGUACCGAGUUCAGCUUCACAGACUACACCACAAAAGAAAAGGUCCUCUCGGCUAUCCGGAAUAUUCGCUACAUGAGCGGGGGCACUGCUACUGGUGAUGCUAUUUCUUUCACAACCAGAAAUGUGUUUGGGCCAGUGAAAGAUGGACCUAACAAAAAUUUCCUUGUUGUUUUGACUGAUGGUCAGUCUUACGAUGAUGUCAGAGGACCUUCUGCUGCUGCACAAAAAGCAGGAAUAACUGUCUUCUCUGUCGGUGUUGCCUGGGCACCUCUGGAUGAUCUGAAAGACAUGGCUUCUGAACCAAGAGAAUCUCAUACUUUCUUCACUAGGGAGUUCACAGGAUUGGAGCAGAUGGUUCCUGAUAUUAUUAGAGGCAUCUGUAGAGAUUUUUUGGACUCUAAACAAUAAAGCAAAAAUCUGCUGUGGGAUAUUACUACUUCGAAACUAAAAAUCAUGAAACUGAAAUGGUCCCUCUAGAGUACAGCUGGGUUAUUCUUAUUAUAUACUAUCAUAAUGCAAGGGAAGAAAAGAAGAGCAGCUACUUUUUGUUUCUGUAGUCAGUCAAGGAUUCUUGUGAGCUUGUUAGAAGUUGCACUUAAUACUGGAAUGCAGAAUUUGGC